GGCGUUGGAUUCGACGAUGCCGUUUGAACGAAGAUACGUGCGUUGUUACGGAUUCGCGUGAUGAGCCGCUGCAAAGUGCGUGAAUAACGAAGUAAUCUGGUGCUGAUCGACGUGAUACAAAACGUAAACGAGAUUGUGGGCCGGUCGAUUCUGUCCGAGCCGGCAGUAUGUUCCGCACGAAGAAGGACGUGGACCGCCACGUGCAGAACAUCUUCUGCAAGCUGCGGAACGAGAACGAGAAAAACCUUCGUUGUUAUAAUGUUGCCAAACUGUAUUAUCAAGUAGGUGAUUAUGAAUCCACAAAAAGAUAUGUAUCUAAUUACUUAGAAGUACGAGAUAAUUCCGCCAGUGCACAUAAAUUGUUGGGUCAAGCGUAUGAAGCCCUCAGUCAGAAGGAAGCAGCUUUUAAUGAGUACAAAGUUUCCCUUGAACUUGAAGGCAGGCAAGAUGAUUUGGUAUUAAAAGUAUGCGAAUUAUUGGUUGACAUGGACAUAGGAAUGGACGUCAAUAAACUCAAGUAUUGGGUGGACAGAGGUGACAAACUAUUUCCACAUCACCCAGUAAUUUUUCAAUUGAAAGAGAAGCUGUUGACCAUAGAGAAACCGCACAACAGCAGCGAAGAUCUUGAGGCGCUAAUCGCAUCUGAAUUGGCUGCAAGACCGACUGACGUGCAACUUCGCAUUAAAUUGCUAAAUUAUUACAUGUCGGAACGCAAAUUGAAUAAAGCUUAUGAUCAUGCUGUAAGUGUAGAAGCCACUGUUUGUCACAGGGACAGCAUUGCAUGGUAUCAGCUGCUGUAUGAUUUACUAACAAAGUGUAAAGAGACUAAAUCCAAUGAUUGGUCCUUUUGGUUUUACUAUAUAUCUGUAUCAGAUAAGAAUGCAGGACUGUGUCUCAAAGAACAGGGCUGUGAGACAAAGAAAAGCAUUCCAGAGGCAGCUCAGGCAGUAUUUAAUUUUGAUCAAAACUUGAAUGAGAUGAAGUCAAAGAAUUUUUCUAAGCAACACACCUUUACUGAGCAUCUGCUUAUGCACAUGUGGGGCCAAUUGCACUUUCACCUAGCGUGCUUGUUGUUACGCAAAACGAAACGUGAACAGGGCAGUUGGAAUGAAGCGGGUAGGCUGUGCUCACCUUUAUUAUUGACCGCGUUGCAUGUGGCUCCAUUGGAAAAUCGUAUUCGCAUACAAUUGGAGGAUGACGGAUUUAAGAAUCAAUUCAAUGUAUGGACGACGGAAGCGGCAUAUCGGUGUUGCCAAGCUGGUUACAUUCUUCAAAAUUAUGCCAGGGAUGAUACAAAAAAGUUGAUGGACAGAAUUGAUAAAUUUUGUACAGAACAUUGGAGAGAACGUAUUUAUCAGAGAAUUUUUGUAACCAGGUCACAUCUUGAUCACAUGCGAACUUCAUUUUUUUGCCAUUUUCAUUCAGCUCCUGACUCGCCUCUGCGUAUGUGUACCGCGAAUCAACUAAGAACUUACAGCCAAAUCGCACAAGAGGUAUGGCCUGCUUCGUUACACCACCAAAUUUGGCUUGGGAUGGAGAAUCGGCCUCAGCAGAAAGACGCUCCAUAUCCAGAUCAUACUUCGCGCGUGUUUCCAGCAUUACAAUUUUCGAUAUUCAACACGAGUCAGGCAGCACCCGAUAGUCUGUGUCUUAUCGAUAUCGAUGCGUUUAUUAACGCGGCGAUACUUUGUACAUCUGCCGUUCUGGAGGAGCAACAACUUGGUAGCUUCAUGAAUCCAGAGAAGCUACCGACCCUGCCUGCCGAUCUUACUGCGACGCUAUCCACUAGUAAUGAGGAAAAGUGGUGGUCGGCGGCGUACAAGAUGUACUCGAAACGCGAGGAUAUAGACGGUAAUAUCGGCGAGCUACGACAAGAAUUGCAACAGGGUUUGGAGGUCAUUCGCUGCAUCGGCAAUCAUGGCAUGCAUCCAGUAUUGUUGGUGCAUCUAGCGCGCAUGUUCCAUUAUCGCGCGAAGACCAUGAAAGAGAAAGAUGAGGCAAACGGAUACAUCCCUAGAUGGGAGGCGCGUUCAGAGUUGUACUGGACCGCCGCUCUACCGCUAUUGGAGAGACUGCAGAACAAUCAGACAUUACGCAUGUCUCCCUCGAAGUUAUUUACUUAUAAGGGUAAGGACAUGAACAAUUUCGAAUUGACGAACGCCCUCGAGGAAGGCAAGCUGCUAUUGGCUCAACGGCUUGUGCACGACAAACAGUACGAACAGGCGAUCGACGCGCUGGAGGCACUCAAAUGCCCAGAAGCGGCGUUCCAGCUAGCGCAGAUCUACAAGAUUUUUGCGGAUGAGAUAGUGAAUUCCACACCGCGCGAAAGCCUGACGUCGGAGAUGCGCUCGCAGCACAUCAUAAUGCUGUCGAAGGCGAAGAGCAGUUAUUAUCUUACGCUCGACCGUCUCCGUAGUCCGGGCACGAAUCCCAAACACCCACUGAAUGCUGUGCUCGGCACUCAUAUCACCGACAUCGAGAACGAGUUGAAGAGGAUAGAUCCGGAUCUAGGCAGAGGCGACUUAAGUAGAAAUGAUAUCGAUUGCAUAUCCGACGAGAGUUAUUCGCCUACUCAUAGCGCCGUAGAUCAAGCGGUCACGAAUCCGACGUUGCCGAUGCUCUCAACACUAACUACGAACAUGCUGAGCACGCCCCAGAGAAAUACCCAUCGCACACCAAAACACGCUAGUACGCCAUGCAGACUGCAAGAUUACCUAAAUCUGUCGAAGAAUCGCGUGGAGGCACGCCCGAGCCCGGAGCGUCUCGACGCUCAGAUACGUCAGAUCAUGCAGUCUCGGGACAAUGAGGUGCAGGAGCUGAUGGAACAGAUGAAGAACAUGAUGCUACAAAUGAAAACGUUGACCGAGAAGGUCGAUAAUUUGACGAAGGAAGUGGUCGACUCACGCAAAGAAAAUCAAAAGCAACAGCAGCAGCAACGUAUACAGCAGCAACAGAAUGUGAAUCCCACUCCUGUCGAUCCCGAAGAUUACUACGUUCUUGACGAUGACGAGUAUGUUGAUCUGAACUAUCAGAAUCAAUCGGCGUCUUCUAUUUCCGGUAACAUAUUUCAAUCGCAGGCCGCCCGGCCGCCUUAUCCGUCGCUGAUUUAUCCCCCUGGCACACUCCAGUAUUAUCCUCAGGGUGGAUUACCGUUUCCCGAUCCGAAUUCGCUGUAUCCACACCCAGUCUACCCAAUGCCGAUAUUGUAUCCGAAUCAGAAGGUACCGGACAAUCCAUUGCAGCAGAGUCUCUUUGCGUCGACGCUUUCUUCGCAGCUACCCGACCUCAUGCCGCCGACUGCCGCGACGAAUCCGUCGUUACAGAUAUCGCUCAAGCCAAAAAUUGAAACACCGUCACAAACGGCCAAACCUGAAGUAGUGGCAUCGACGGCGAUGACCACAGCGACAAUAACUGUCAUCAAAGAUGCGCCAGUAAACAAAGCACCUCCCGUGAACGUGGUCAUUACCACGUCCGACACGCUACCAACCACAGUACCGUCCACCCAACCGACUCUGAGCGUCACCAUACCGCCGCAGUACCGAUCGGGAAGCGGAGGAACAGCUUCCACCUUUUCUGCUACAACAACGACAACAACAAAAUCAACGUCAUCUUCCAACGUACCACAUUGCUAUCAAAUUCCUAUGCCCUCGCAAGCCACUAUACCGACUACCGUCAAUCUACCGCUGACAUCCACUUAUAUAACCCCGGCUAACGUCAACGUGCCGAUAUAUGGCAAUUUAACAUCAUCUAUUGUGACUCAUACAACCACCAGUGGUAGUUUUCUUCAGGAUAGCAUUAGUAAGAUACACGACAAGCCUAAUAACAGUACUAAAUCUAUCUUUGAGUCCUCGGCUGAAUCGCUGAACGCGUCGACAGAGAUAUGCGAGCAGGAACACGAUCCGAUACCGAACUUUGUGCCGCUUAUACCGCUGCCUGCGAAGGUAAAGGUUACCACCGGUGAGGAGGAGGAAGACACGUUGUACUGUGGCCGGGCGAAACUGUUCCGCUUCGUCGACAAGGAAUGGAAGGAGCGCGGCGUUGGUGAUGUAAAGCUACUGCGCAACAAAGAGGGCAAGGUGCGCUUGUUGAUGCGUCGCGAUCAAAUCCUGAAGAUUUGCGCGAACCAUCUGUUACGACCCGACAUGGAGUUGAGUCCCAUGGUAAACAACAACAAAGCCUGGUUCUGGGUCGCCAACGACUUUGCCGACGAGGAGGUGAAGUUAGAGAAGUUCUGCAUCAGAUUCAAAACUUCAGAUGAGGCAAUGGCGUUCAAGGAAGCCUUUGAUCAGGCAAGACUCAGUUUGUCCGCGAUAUCUCCGGGAAAGCCACCCAAGAGUGCUGAAAAAGCUUCCAUUACUUUCAGUAACAAAGACUUGUCCAAGACCCAAAAAUCACAGUCGACGCAACAAACCAAGAUAAGUUCAUCAGUGGAAGUGUUCUCGGACAAGUCGAAAUUUGGCACGACAACACUAGGCGGAUUCUCCUUCAAUUCUGAACCCAUUAUUCAAGAGGUCAAGGACACGGAAGUGGAUGAAUCCAAGAAGAUCGAAGAACCGCCGAAAAUCAGCCCAUUCAGCAAAUUUUCAUUUACCAAGUCGACCGGUACGCUCGAGACGAAGACUACAAUGAGUGCCGUCUCAACGCCGUCCGCGAGCUUCGUUUUCGGAAUCUCCACUCCGUCAAUGAAAAACUCACAGUCGUCCGUUCUGACGAACACAACCGCGAAUGCAUCGCCGAUAUUUGCCUCGCCCACAACAACAACCGGCCAGAAUUCCACGACAUUAAGAAGACCUCGUUUGCCGCCACCCGGUGCCCUCAAGCAAGGAUCGUCCAACGAUGAAACGCGACCGCCGACUGAAAACGAGCAAACGUUGUUUAUCGGGAUGACAAGUCUUCAAUGUCAGGGUGUCAACGGUGCCAGCGCCAUGCAGUGGAAGAAUAAGGGCACGGGAGCGAUGAUGCUGCUGUUAAACGUAAAAUCCGGAAAGAUUCGCUUAUUACUAACGGACGAUAGCACUUCCAAGGUUUACAGUCAUGCAGUUCCGCUGGACAUGGCGUUUACACAUAAGAGUGGAACUACUGUCGUCAAUUGGACCGUACCGGCGGACGCUAAAGAACCCGGUAAGACCUGGUCGUUACACGCCGCGACCUUUAGCGCGCCGGAAUUGGCAUCCCAGUUUUAUAACAUCGUGUCAAGCUGUCAGCAGAAGUUGGCCAAAGGCACCAAUCCGAGCGAAGUGGCAAAGGAGCUCGAGAAGAAGACUCUGAUGAACGAGAGCAAGGCCCAAAGCGUAGCGGAGACAAAGACAUUGUCGGAACUGUUUAAACCUCCGACCGGUUCCUGGGAGUGCAGCGACUGUUAUACUAGAAACAACGCUACGGACACGAAAUGCGUAGCCUGUCAAGCUCCGUCACCUUUAAUGGCGAGCAACAAGAGCAGCUCUGUGAUUGCUAGUAAUAAGCCGUCCGUUGAGUCCAGUAGCAAACCACCGUUGUCGGAACUGUUCAAAUCGCCCGCUGGCUCCUGGACCUGCACGGCGUGUUACAUCGUCAACAGCGGAACGAACGUCUACUGCGUUGCCUGCGACAAUCCCAAGGAUCCGUCGCAGCCGCCCAAGCCGCAGCAAGCCAAUAUUUUCCAGUUAAACACAUCCCCUUCCAGCGCAAUGCCUAUGACCACGUUCUCCUUUGGCAUUCCCAAGGAUACCGUUUCGAAAGAAUCGACCACGUUUAAAUUCAGGAUGCCGCAGACGGAGGAUAAGAGCGCUUUGUCCAAACUGGAAGAAACUACAGACAGCAAAGGUUUUGUGUUCGGUAUGCCAGUGAAGAGCAGUAUUACGUUGAACACGAAUGACUCGCCAUUUACCUUUGGCUCGCCCGCAAAAUCCUUUGACUUCAACUUUACAGCCAAGUCGCCGGCUAAAUCGCCUGGUGGCGGCGGCGAGACCAGCGAGGACGAGGUAGUGGAGAGCGAGGACGUCCACUUCUCGCCGAUUGUGCCGUUACCGGAUAAGAUCGAAGUGAAAACCGGCGAGGAGGACGAAGAAAUACUGUAUAGUCAUCGUGCGAAGCUCUUUAGAUUCGAUACUACGGUGAAGGAGUGGAAGGAACGCGGAUUGGGCGACAUUAAGCUGUUGCGUCAUAGGGAGACCAGUAAGUUACGGCUGAUCAUGCGUCGGGAUCACGUGUUAAAGCUGUGUCUGAAUCACAUAGUAUCCAAUGAUCUGGAGUUUACACCGAAGGACGAGAAAUCAUGGUUGUGGUCUACCGCAGAUUACAGCGAAGGUGAGAUUGAGUACAUGCAGUUCGCCUGCCGCUUCAAGACGGCCGAGAUUGCUGCGGACUUUAUGAGAGCAAUCGAUAAUGCCAGAAAAAACGUUAAAUCCGCAACGAAAACUCCGACGAAGACGAUCACCUCGCCAGUCAAAGAGAUCGAAAUCGUCUACGAAACGAAGGUCACUCCGGAGGAGAAGGCAGCCGCCUUAAAGUUGCAACUACCGGAGAACUUCUACGCUUACAAGCAAAAGGAGGAUUGUCCCGGCUGUAGAGGGUGUAGAGAACCGAGUAUAGUACUGUAUCCAGACGUCGGCGGGCAAGACUCAUCGAAAUCGAAGUCGAAAUUGGUAUCGGAAGAGAAGAAGGUGACAGCGCAAUCAAAGAUCUCGAGCAUUGUGGACGCGAGUUUGUCAAGCGGUCGUGAGAGUACCAGCGAGAAUACUAUCCAAAGCGUGACGCAAUCCGCGCAAUCUGUGAAGAACGGAUUCUCCUUCGCGAUAGCCACAUCGUUCAAAUCCCCGACUACCGCUACCAGCUUCGACAGCUCGGCGAUGAGUUUCGGUACCGGCGAUAUGAAACUUUUCAACGACAAGAAGACCACAACUUUCUCGUUCGGCAUGAAUCCCCAAUUUGGCACCAAUGAAACAGCGGUGACGAACGCCUCGCUCGACAAUCUCAAGAUCUGCAGUCCUAAUGCUCAAAUGACGCAGACAACCGCGGCCGGCACAACCGGACAACCGAUAUUCGGCCAGGCCACGUCGACGACAUCUGUAUUCAAAACGCCUAGUUUUACCUUCGACACUGAUAAGAACAUUUUUGGCGGCUCUUCGAAAGGAGCGUCAAUCUUCAGCGGCGAGAGCACCGGUGACAGUACCGUUUCCUCUUCCACCGCUGCGAAGACGACCACCGCUGUCGCCACAGCAGCGAAUUCCGUUUCGAAGACGUCGACCGCAGUUACUACGUCCAACUCAGUGUUUGGCUCUAACGCUACACCCUUCUCUAAAAUGACGUUUGGUAACAGCAUUUCGCCAUUUGGUAGCUCCAUGAACUUUGGAAUGACAUCGAACAUCUUCGGCGGGACGACAACAACAACAUCGACGACGACAGCGAAUAUCUUCGGCGGGGUAACCACAACCGCGACGACGACGAAUAUUUUCAGUGGCGCAACGACGACGGCGAAUAUCUUCGGUGCAGCAACGACAACAUCCAACAUCUUCAAUAGAACGACAGCACCGACGACGACGAAUAUUUUCGACGAAACGACGACACCUACGACGACGAGUAUUUUCGGCGGGACGACAGCGUCCACGACAACAAGCAUCUUCGGUGGGACGCCGACCGCGACGAACAUUUUCGGUGCGGCAACUACGAAUGUUUUCAGUGUGACAACACCAACUGUUUUUGGCGCGAAACCAGAUAAUAAUCAGAAGACGGCCGAUGACGGGCCCACAUUCUUCUCAGUGAAUAAUGAUAUGUCGUUCUCGAUACUCGCUGCGGCGACAGUUCAACCGGAGGCCUUCAAAAGUGAUCCCAACUUUUCAUUCGCUGGUGCUGGCUCAACAGUGUUCGGCUCAAAAUCCGCUACAUCACAUAACAGCACGGUAAAUAAAUCACGUGAAGAAAAAGAAGAUAAUGAGGAGGACGACGGCGAGGUGAAUAACGAGCAGGAGCACGAUCCUCAUUUUGAACCUAUUAUACCUUUACCGGAUGCCAUUGAAGUCCGAACUGGCGAAGAGGAUGAAGAGAAAGUGUUCUGUCAUCGAGCCAAGUUGUACAGAUACGACAACGCCACGAAGGAGUGGAAAGAGCGUGGCGUCGGUGAGAUGAAGAUCCUGCAUCACGUGGGCCAUGGCAGCUAUCGGCUGCUGCUGCGCCGCGAGCAGGUGCACAAAGUCGUCUGCAACUUCCUGAUCACCCCCGACGUGGAGUUCCAUCCGCUCUCUACAUCGAACCAGGCUUGGAUGUGGGCCGGCAUGAACUACGCCGAGCAGGAACCGUGCGCCGAACAGCUGGCGGUUAAAUUCAAAUCGCCCGACUUGGCCCACCAGUUCAAGGCGCACAUCGAUAACAUUCAGCAAGAAUUACGCGAGAAGAGAACUACCGAAGGUGAAAGAUGUAUCGGCGAAGCAGAGGACAGUGAGGAACAUGAUCGAGGCGUGGAUGAAGAAGAGGAGGAAGAAGAAGACGAAGAAGAGGAGGAAGAGGAAGAGGAGGAAGACGAGGAAGUUGAUCAAGAGAUGCUUACUGUAGUCGAAAAACGUGCUACUGUAUUCGCGAAAUGGCCUAAUGACACAAAGUGGGAGAGUGUAGGCUUAGGGAACCUGGCAAUCCACUACGAUUCUGAGAUCUACGCGGAAAGAAUCGUCCUAAAGCUUGACGACUCGGAGGAGUAUGCGAGCAACACUAUCAUCAGUAUGGAUACAGUCAUGCGGGUGGAAGGCAAGGAGUGUAUUUGGAGUGGAAUUGAUUAUGCCUUGGAUCCUCCAACGAGAAGAGUUUUGAGAGCAGUCUUCUCGUCGGUGCAAGCAGCUCAAGAAAUGCAUACAUUUUUCGAAGAUGGAGUGGAUAGUGCGAAGCAAGCCGGUGUCGUCGAGUAUGAAGAAGCGGAAUUAAAAUCCUUAGCUAAUAAGUAGCUGCUAAUUGGCUGUUAUUAUACAUAAUUCAUUACUUUCCUACGUUAGCGUAAAUGUUAAACGGGUUGUUUCUUGUCGCUCUUCUCAAGUUGUAAAAAAUAAGUAAGGCAAAUCGUAUCACUAAAUUAUUUUUACGUACUGCGUCUUUUUUUCAUUUCCUUUUUUUUUAGAAUCAAGACGCGCGAAGUUUGACAAGUACAAUUGUCUGUGCAUGCACGCGAACACAAAGUGCGAGUUUCGUAGUAAUAAUUUAUGUGCUGCGAGAAAUACUUAUAGCAAAGUCCAUUGGGCGCACUAGUGCACAUUAAAAUCAUAUACAAAUUGACGUAAGAAUACGUGUUUAAUGUAAAUAUAUAAAUGAGUUAAAUUGCAAAAUCUUCAAUAUAUUUUAUUGCUCUUUGUUAAAGUACAUUUUAUUAUUUUAGAGAUAUUUACAUUUUCAUUUUUAAAUUUUGAUUAGAUCAGUGUAUAGCAGUUUUAAUAUUCACCAGUGAGAACUUCACUAGUGCAGUCCAAUAGAAUUCGCUGUUAUUUAUAAUAACUGCAGAAAAUCUAAAAAAAAAAAAUAGAAAAUCAAAUAUUACGAUGUUUAAUUUUUUCUUUUUAUACUAGUCUAUGUAUAAGAAUGUUUUUUUUUCUUUUUUUUUUAAUAAAUACGAUAUGUGCCAAAAAAUCGAAAAUUACUUUCUACUUUAUUAUGAAAGCACUAUCUCUAUUUAGACCUCCAAUUCUUUUCAAAACACACUUAUCAGUAAUCAUUUUUCUAUAUACCUUUAAACGGCACUUGCAGAAAUCUCGAUAAGAAUCGUGCGUUAUAUUCGCAUAAAUAAGAUAAUAGCACAAAUACAAUAAUGUUCGUGCUGAUAAUCAAUUACGAUUGUUAGGUUGGAAGAGAUGAAGAUUGAAAUUUGAUUAGAUUGCAAAGAGUUGUUGCAUCGAAAUUAACAGUUAUUGUAAAUACUAUGUGAUCUCGUGGUUACACUUAAUAAGGUAUAAUUGUAAUCCUCGAACUGAAAUAGAAAUUGUAUGAGGAAAUAUGUAUAGAUCACACAUUGUGUAACACGUGUAAUGUAAAUUAUUAAAUUAAACAUUUAAUCAAAAA